AUGUGUGGGCUUGCAAGCCGGGGCUGACUGAGCCUCAGUGUUUGUCGAACGCCUCUCUCCGAGUCGGGGACGAGCGAAACCCACGGAAAGGUGCGAGUGAGUGGUCUUUCACCACCCCCUGCACAGAUUCGCGAAGACCCAGAGAUUCGUGCGGCUACGGGAGACUUAGAAUGCGACUUCGUUGCAGGAGCAAGCGUCUUUGGGGAAACGUUGGAGAGUAACAAAGAAGAGAGAGGGAAGGGGGGAGGCAACGUGUUGUCUCAGCAGGCGAGCAGCUGGCGGAACAACUGGGCACAGAAAAUACUGCUUCCUGAACACAGUGGCAUGUAAAAAAAAGGAUUGACUCAGCAACUGGCUCUUUCAUUCUGGUAACAAAAAAAAAAUCUUGAACCAUGACGACCUCGGAAAAUUUUUCAAACUGGGUGACCUUUGAUGAUGACCCCGGAUUUAAAGCUUGGGGCGAGGCCAACCCCGACGGGCAUUCAUUCGCGGAGCAGAAGGGGAGCGGCGCCCUUGAUCUGCUCACGUUUGAGUCGCAGCAAAGCGCCUCCCUCCCCGCGCCAUCCACGAGCAACGGGACGUUUCCCACUCCCGUGGCUCAGCAACCAUCGCCGCCGCACACUCCGCUCCACCCAUCGAAUCCAUUCCUCAUCAAUCUAUACGACGAUGUCCAGCCCUCCACCAUAAACCCUUUUCAGUCGUUCUUUGACAGUUUUGAGAACCCGGAAGAGAAGGGAACUGGGCAGCAGCAACAACAACAGCAACAACAACAGCAGCAACAACAACAGCAGCAGCAGCAACAGCAGCAGCAGUCCGGUCAAGAGUCGCCGCAACUUCUGUUGAACGGAUCCUAUCACUCAGAAGACUUAAAUGCGUCGGUUGACUCGACAAAGCCUGACCCACACGCCGAGGUCAUUGACAAACUUAAACAAAUUCAGAUUGUGGACUCGUACGCGCAGGAAGAUCCUUAUUUGUCCGACGAAUCUGUUGACACUCCGUAUGCUUACUGCCCAGACUUCCCCGAGGUCGAAUCAAAAGACGGCUGGCCACUGAUGAUGAGGAUUCCGGAGAAGAAAACGAAGAUGUCCUCCCGGCAGUGGGGGAAUAUCUACACCACCGUCUCUGACGGCCUCCUUAUGUUCUACUACGAGAAGGGUCUCGAGAAGCCCUUCAAGGAAUUCCAGCUGCAGCCCGACCACGAGCUCUCGGAACCCCGGCUGGAAAAUUUUAACGAGCUCGGCAAAAUCCACACCAUCAGGAUUGAGUGUGUCUCCUUCAAGGAGAAGCGCAAGUACCCGAGCAAAAUCUUGCAGGCCCAUGGCGAAACGAGGACGGAAUUGCUCAAGCUGGGCACACCCGACUACAACGACUUCACCAGCUUCCUGCAGACGAUUCGCGAUCAGCUGAUGCACCUCACAGUGCCGCUGGACAGGUGCUCGGUGUACACCGAGGACACCGUGGAAAUCGAGGUUGCGGAUGAAUUUAGGGGCAUCUUAAGGAAAGACGACAGCACCUUGGUCAAGCAUUCCGUCACGACACACAUAUAUGCCAUGGCACUCGUCUCUGGGAAGCCUGAGUGCGUCAUCGGCAUCAACGACAUUGACGUCAGGGGCAAGGAGAGCGUCAACAGGCAGGACAUUAUUGCGUCUUCGUGCAACAAUUGGAUCAGACUGCACGACUGUCAAUUUCACUCCUGCGUGGAUGCUGCUGCCUUUGCCGAGUCAAAAGCGAUCAAAUUCACGCCUCCGGACGCCUGCAAGAUUGAAGUAAUGCGCUUCCGGACGGCGUACUGCGAGAAGGAGACUCCGUUUUCUCUGAAAACCGUGGCAACGGUCCGCGGGGCCUUCAUCGAGCUGCAGUCGUGGCUGUUGAUGUCGCCGGGCUUCUCGCCGAACAGGAACGUCUUGCGGCAGGUGCCCUGCGAGAACGUGAUGGUGCGUUACCCCGUUCCGCCGGACUGGGUCAAGAUCUUCCGCACGGAAAACUUCAUCAAGCAGAAGUCGCUCCUGGCCAAGGUGAACAAGAGCGCCAAGUUUGGCACGACCAGCGUCUCCGGCUCGGAGCCCGUCAUGCGUGUGACGAUCGGCACGGCGAAGUACGAGCACGCGUACAACGCCAUUGUGUGGCGCAUCGACAGACUCCCCGACAAAAACGCCGCGGCCGACCACCCGCACUGCUUCACGUGCCGCCUGGAGCUGGGCUCGGACCAGGAGGUGCCGAGAGGCUUCUUCCACUCGUUGGAGGCGGAGUUCGACAUGCAGACCACCACCGCCUCUGGGGCGAACGUCCGCUCCGUGAGCGUGGUGGGGAACGUGGACGCUAUCAAGAACAUCAGCUACCGAGGGCAUUAUCGGUACCAGCCCAAGCUCUACACAGCUGUGAUUGAGGAUGUUGUGCAAAAUCUAAAAGACAUCUUCCUGGAUGAGGGAGUGGAUGAACAUGUUUUGCAAGAACUUAAGCAGCUCUGGGAAAGCAAGUUAAUGCAGUCAAAGGCUCUGGAGAGCCUGCAGCAUCAGGAGAACUUGAUGAUCGCCCGUGCACAGCAGCCACAUCAGCAGAACAAGAAACCCUCGCCUACAGUGGCUGUAGUUAGGCCACAAACAACUGCAGCUGGUGUGUUGCCAGAUCAGAGAAAUGUUCAAAUGACUACAACUACAGUGAGUACGCCUGUUGCGACAAUGACUCUACCGACUGGCGUGAUCUCGCCGUUUCAAGUCACUGCUCUUUCCCAAGGCAUGAUUGGUCGAAUGCCGGUGGUGGUGAGCCAGGGAGGCCAGCAGAUUGUUUCACCGCAGUUUCUGCAGCAUAUUCAACAGAUGCAGCAGUUCCAGCAGGUCCCGCAAAUGCAGCAGAUCCAGGUUCAGCACGUACCCACCAUACAGCAGGUGAGACAAGUUCCAACCAUCCAGCAGAUGCAGCAGGGACAGCCAGGACAGCCUGGCCAGCUCCAGAUCCUGCAACAGCUGCCUUCGGUCUUGCAGCUGCAGCAGGUUUCUCAGGCCCAGACACAAGGUCAGACACCUGUCAUACAGCAGCAGUCUCAGCAGCAGCAUGCUCAACAACAACAGCAGCAGCAACAACAGCAACAACAGCAGCAGCAAGCAGGGCUGACGCAGUUGCUGCAGCUGCAACAUGUCAACCCCCACAUGCUGCCGGGGCAAAUGCAAAAUACCACGUGCCACCCUGGAGUGAUCCAACAGCAGAUGCCUCAGCAAGUCAUUACUCAGCUGACCUCAACACAUCAGAACUUGCCACCCGGCUCUGUGUUGUUGCAGCAGCAGCAGCAGCAGCCGCCUGUGUCGCAGCAUCAGUCUGUCAUCACGGGGCGUGUUCAGCCUGCUCAGCAGGCAGGUGUUGCAAUUGGACAGGUGAGCAGUGCAUCUUCAAGUGCGCAGCCACCUGUAAUCAUCCAAGUUGAUGGUGCUGGAGAUACUUCAUCAGAGGAUGAAUAUGACGAAGAGGAAGAAGAUAAAGACAAGGAUGAUGACUUGGGCGAGGAGGCGGAGCAUGUGGAGGAGGAACCUUUGAAUUCUGAGGAUGAUGUCAGUGAUGAGGAGGGCACGGAGCUUUUUGAAACUGACAAUGUGGUCGUGUGUCAGUAUGACAAAAUCCACCGGAGCAAAAACAAAUGGAAGUUCCACCUGAAAGAUGGCAUCAUGAACCUCAAUGGUAGGGAUUUUGUGUUUUCCAGAGCCACCGGUGAUGCAGAAUGGUAAUUGAAUUCGUACACGUAUUUGAUUCUCGCAAGGCUUAUAUAAAUUGCCUCAAUGCCAAUUCCAUGUUCGAUGAGCCAACUUGGUAGUCCAAUCCCAGGAUUCCAUUCAGCAUUACCUUGUUGUUAAACUGCUUGAAACUGACUGCAUGUGCAGUUUUGCAGAGAAGAUGGUACCAUUUUAGUCAUGCAGCUGUGAAAUGAGCUUGGAUGUCUGUAGGAUUAACGGAAGAUGGAUACAUUAAUGUGGCACACUAAAUGAUUUUGUAAUAUCUUAAUUACCAAUGUAUACUAUAGGCUGUUGACAUUAGUUGUUAAUUUGGUGUUUUUUCCCCGCAAACUGAAAAGGUUUGAUUUUUUUUUCCUCCUGAAAUUGAUGGGAUUGUGGUCGUCAAUAGGUUUUUUGUAAUUGUUAACUUUUUUGAAAGAGCUUAGUGAAAAUCAUUUAUAAAUAUAUUAGCUAUUUUAGCAUGUGCGUAAAUUUUAAUCACAAAGAUAAGCACAGGCUUUAAUUCUGUAGUACUGUUAUCCAUAAAAUAUGUAACUAUAGCAAAUGAGUGAUCUUGCAUGGUGAGGAUGCUAAUAUUGCUCAUCAUGAACCCCUUUGGGAAGUUUUCAUUUAAUCAUGUAAAUAGUAUAACUUGUUCAUUUAAGCUGUUAAAUGUUUUAUAUAAAUGAGAUAUUUUACGUAAUAGAAUAUCAUUAUUUGAAUGUUUAAUGUUGAAUUUAUAUAAGUUAAACUUUGUUUUAAAAACAGUUAAAAUACUGUGUUAGUAUUUUACUUGUGUGCAUGAAAGUAUUUUAAAAUCGAGUCAGAAAUCAUAUUAUGAUAUUGCCUUUUUUCUGUACCUACAAGUGCAAUUGUGCUGUUUAUAAGCAAUAUAUUCCCAAGUGCCUUAGCACUGCUUAAAUAAGCAGCCAGAUCUUACGUGGCACAUGUCAAAAAAAUAUAUUAACAGUUGCAGUUGUUCACAUUUUACAGAUGGUGUUACAUUCGUCUGUUUGGUUGUAGUUCAGUAUUUGCAUUUUCAUUGCUUGCCUGCACUGUUGACCAAGACAGGGUUUGUGUACAGUAUAUCAUGACUCAUGGGUGUUGUGUGAUUAGUGUGAAAAUCCUGAUUGACAUUAUGGCAUCACAACUUGCACACACUUGAGAAUUUACUGUUUUAUGUGGUAUGUACUUGAUCAGAAACUUGAUAUAUCCUGUCUUUUUCUACAACGGCAAUAAAUCAAGCAGGCGUCAUGAAAAUGUUGUGCUUAUUAACCUAUUGUGUUGAAGACGAACUCUUUCAAAACUCUCACUUUGUAGUGAAGAAAUAAGUUGACAUCUGAUUCCAAAAGCAUUGUAGAUAAUGGUUAAUUAAAUGGUGUACUUUUUCAUUGACCGCUGUUUUAUUAGUUGUUACAGGUAUACGCUGUAAUGAUCUGACAUAAAUAUGCAGAUGAACUCCUUAUUACAGUACAAGUUUGCAUGUUUUGGUGUUUCCUAGUGUGAUAAUUUAAUGUUGGAUUGUUAAUUGUGGCAUUUGCAAUGCGCUGUUUUAAAUGUUGAAAUGCAAUAUGUGCACUGCAGCUUUAUGUACCUUCAUUUUAUGUUGCAUUUUGUUGGGUGAAGUGUGAAACGUGAAAGCUGUAUGUGGUUUAUAUAAAAUUUGCAUUGAUGGACAAAGGGGUUGGCAGGCUAAAUUUCUUUACAAUUUAUGAAAUUCUUUAUGAAUAAACAUUUACAAUUAUUCCUAUA